UCGGUUUUAUAGUUUAAUUGCAACGUAAAGUAUGGAAAAUUUGGUUUAGAAAGUAUUGGUCAAGUCAUUUUUGCUCAGAGAUAUUUCUGACCAGGGAGGGGUAGGUUGAGAGCACUGGGCCCAAUGUUUAUAGCGCUUGGGAACUGUACAAAUAGAUACACGUGCUUCGUGCAGAAGCUUAUGACCUCGAGUCACAGGAAUGUCGGUGGUGUUCAUCGUGGUAUAUUGAAGAAGUUCACGCAAGAAGGAAACAGAAACAGAAAAUGAAUAGAAUACAGAAUGGCUGGUUUUCCGAAAUAAAUGACCAGUGGCCCGGCCAAGCACUUUCUCUUGAAGUAGAGGAGAUUUUGUUUGAGGGAAAAUCAAAAUAUCAGGAUAUUCUUGUCUUUAAAAGCAAGCAUCAUGGCAAGGUCCUUGUGUUGGAUGGAGUUAUACAAUGCACUGAUAGAGAUGAGUUUUCUUAUCAAGAGAUGAUUACUUUUCUUCCACUCAACUCGCAUCCUUGUCCUCGAAAGGUUCUUGUUGUUGGCGGAGGCGAUGGAGGAGUUAUCAGAGAAGUUUCUAAACAUCCAGCUGUGGAGUCCAUUGUUCAAUGUGAAAUAGAUGAGGAAGUAAUUGAAGUGUGUAAAAAGCAUUUACCAAAUAUGGCUGAGGGUUUUAGCUCACCUAAAUUAACUCAGUAUGUAGGAGAUGGAUUUGAUUACAUGAAGAAGCAUGAAAAUGAAUUUGAUGUUAUUAUUACAGACUCUUCAGAUCCUGUAGGUCCUGCAGAAUCUCUGUUUCAAGAAUCAUACUAUGAACUCAUGAAAAAAGCACUUAAGCCAGAUGGAUUAUUAUGCUGCCAAGGUGAAUGUCUUUGGCUUCAUAUCCCUUUAAUCAAGUCAGUCUUGGAUUUCUGUAGAAGAUUAUUUCCUUCAGUCAGUUAUGGUUACACGACAAUACCAACAUAUCCCAGUGGACAGAUAGGAUUCAUACUGUGUAGCAAAAAUAAGGAAACUAAGUUUGAUAAUCCAGUUACUGAGUUUACUGAGGACCAACUUGAGAAGUUCCAGCUGAGGUACUACAAUGCUGACGUUCACAGAACCGCUUUUGUUUUACCACAGUUUGCAAAAAAGGCGCUUUUGAUAUGACACCCACACGACGAUAAUGGUAUUGUUGUUCCAUCACGUCUCUCUCUGCGGGAUACACUAGCGACAGAUAACAGUGACCAAGAUACUUAUAUAACCCGGUCAAAAAGAAAAAAUACAGUGCAGCUUAAAUAUAACGAGACCAAGUGAUAAGGAGACAACAAGUCACUCAUAAGUUCUACUUCCCCAGUCGAGGAAGGGUGGAGACCAGGAGCCCAUACUAACAUAUUUUGCUUGUCACUUUUUUCUCCUUGGUUGCUCUUUCCUUAAAGGAAAAAUAAAGUUUAUUAUUGUAGUAUUUAUAUAAUUUAGUUGCCUUACCUAUAAUAAACAUGAAAUUAAUUAAAUUGGUAAGUGCUCUUAGCUUCAAUUCAUCAGUGUUGUUAUACUUUUGAACUAUUUGCAAUUGAGUUAAAGUGAAUUUUCAGAUAUUUAAAUCUAUCGUAUCUAGUUGGUAAUCGAGGGUAUUAUUAGCAAACUCCUGCGCGUACCUAUAAUAAACAUGAAAUUAAUUAAAUUCGUAAGUGCUCUUAGCUUCAAUUCAUCAGUGUCGUCAUACUUACGAACUAUUUGCAAUUGAGUUAAAGUGAAUUUUAAGAUAUUUAAAUCUAUCGUAUCUAGUUGGUAAUUGAGGGUAUUAUUAGCAAACUCCUGCGCGUCCCUCGUGAAGUCAAAAGAAACUUACUGAAAAUCUUUUUCAUCAUCACUUUAAGUGCGAUUCGCAGUAGGCAUUUGUUUCUCCCCGUAAGUUUCAAAAGUAUUUGAAGGAUAUUAAAGAAAAUAGGCUCCAUUUAGCGAAACAUGCUUUUGUUCACUAGUAUACUCGUGUUUGCGGGAAACCUUUGGAAACACACUCGCUACAAUUAUUCAUACAAAUUACCACUUGAACCCUGAUAGAUUAAUCGUCUGCUUGGCGUGUUUUACGGUCUUGAACGUAAAAUUACUCUUUGAUUUGAUAUUUCAGUUUCGCUGCAUGCAGCCACUGGAUUGAAAAGUGAGGCAAGCCCCUUUGUCUGAUCGAAAGUUGUCCUUGGCAAUUCGAAAUUAAAAGUAAAAUUAACCUUUUUUAUUAUUUAUUUUUAAUUUUUUUUCCUAAUAAAUACUCAGCUGUGGGUUCGUUUUUUGCCAGGAAUUGAGCAGUGAUUUGAACGGGGAAAAACUCGAGCACUUAACGGCUAACUUCUUUAAAACUUCCAAUUUAUUAAUUUUAAAUAAAAAAUUCAAAUAGUUCUUCA